AUGGCGCCCGGAAAUCAGACGAUUCUGUCCUCCACUCCUCUGCAGGUCCUCUUCUACCUCAACUGUUGGUACUUUGCUGCCUUCUUCGUCGCAGAGAUCCUGAUGUUCAUCUAUAAAGCUUUUUUUAAAUCGUGUGCAGGCGUGUUGCUGCCGUACCCGUCUGAUAAUCUGGUUCUGGAUCUGGUUCUGCUGCUGCUCUUCCUCGGACUGGAGAACCUGAGGAUCUUCUACGGUCAGAAGGGGAACCUGUGUGAGCGCUCUCUGUCUUCAGGUGUGUCUCUGUUCAUCUUGCUGCCGUGUGCCGCGCUGGCCGUUUAUUACCUGCUGCUGCAAACCUUCGUCCUGCGGCUCGAGUUCCUCCUCAGCGCCGUGCUGCUCUGCUUCUACGCUUUAGAGUUCCUGCUCGGACUCUUCUCCAUGUCCGCGUUCUCCAGAUCCAAAGUUUACUGAAGAGGAUGAGCGAUGUGACUUCACCUGUAACGCCAAGCAGGAGAACAUCAACCAGCAGAAAAAUGUACAAAUCUUUCUGUAUUUUGUAAAUUUGUUAAACUUUAUUUUUUACUAAAAGUUAAAAGUUAAAAGUUAAAUGUAAAUGUGACACAUAAUGUUUUUCUAUUUCUGUAAAUAAAUCAUGUUUCAUUACUGCUGUCUGUCUGUCUGUCCUUCCAUCUUU